CUGAUAGUAGAUAGUAAGAGAAGUCUGAGCACUGUGUUAGCAGAUAAGACAAUAUAACGUUACUAAUUUUAAUUUUAUUGCGAUAACUGCGGCACUUCUCACCCAGAAACGACUUGUAGCCAGCUAGCUAGUUAAGCCAGAUAUUUACCGGUAACAAUUUAACUAGCUAAAUUACUAAUAACCUGCUUGGCGUAACGUUAAUUUGCGACCAGUUGCUAAUUUGUGGAGCAAAAAAUACCUUGACCUAUUAAUGUAAAUUGACGUAACGUUACCUCGAAACGUUAAAUUAAGUUAGCCUCGUUAUCCAAGUCGGGUGCUUUGCUCUUGUCAAAGAUGAGCAGCGUGAAGGAAGAAAGCCGAAGUGGUUCCCCUCAUUGCCCCAAACCCGAUGAAUCUGAGGAGCCCCUGGGCACAGCCAUGGAGACUGGAGCUGCAAAUGAUGUCAUUGUGAAAUCUGAGGAAAUGCCAUCUAAAGUGCUCAUUACGGAGGCAAUGGAGGAAGAAGAGAAGCAGCUGAUGGAGGAAGGGGAGAGGGAAGAAAAGGAGAUGAUGGAAAAGGCUCGGGAAUCGCGGGAGAAGGAUUCUCAUGACAUGCGGUUCAAGAGACUGCAGCAUUUGCUUCAGAAGAGCAACAUCUACUCUAAAUUCUUGCUGACUAAAAUGGAGCAACAACAUAAUGAGGAGAGACUCAGGAAGGAAAAAAGUGAAAAAAAUGCCAAGAAGAAGACAGACUGUGCAGAGCCUGAGAAAGCUAAAAAGAGGAGGAGGAGGGACGAAGACUACAAAAUAGCAGAUGUCAUGUCAAAAGAAGAAAUCAUGUCGCAAGCUAAGAAAACCAAAGUGGAGGAAACGGACAAGGCACCAGCCCAGAAGAAACUAGAAGCUGAGGAUAUCGAGAAGAUGAGCGAUUCCAACCUAGACAUCAAGAACCGUCUGUCGGAGACGGUGCGAGACAACGCCACGCAUCUGCUCCAUCCACACAGGAAGGUGAACGGUCAGCCGGUCCCCGCCAAGCAGCCGGAGCUCUUCACCGGAGGGGUCAUGAGGUCCUACCAGAUCGAAGGAAUCGAGUGGCUGAGGAUGCUGUGGGAGAAUGGCAUCAACGGGAUCCUGGCUGAUGAGAUGGGACUGGGAAAGACCAUCCAGUGCAUUGCUCACAUCGCCAUGAUGAUAGAAAAGAAAGUGAUGGGCCCCUUCCUGGUGGUGGCCCCUCUCUCCACUCUGCCAAACUGGAUCAGUGAAUUUAAGCGCUUCACACCAGAGGUGGCUGUGCUUCUUUACCAUGGUACCCAGCCAGAGAGGCUCAAGCUGCGGAAGCAGAUCCGCAGGCCGCAGGGGCCCCUAAGCAUGUGUCCUGUGGUCGUCACCUCCUUUGAGAUCGCCAUGAGAGACAGAAAGGUCCUACAGCAUUUCCAGUGGAAGUACCUGAUAGUGGACGAAGGCCACAGGAUCAAGAACCUCAACUGUCGGCUGGUGCGGGAGCUGAAGCUGCUGCCCACUGACAACAAGCUGCUGCUCACUGGCACGCCGCUACAGAACAACCUGUCAGAGCUCUGGUCCCUCCUCAACUUCCUCCUGCCAGAGGUCUUUGAUGACCUCAAGAGCUUUGAGUCGUGGUUUGACAUCGACACCAUUAAUGAAGCAGACACUAUGGUGGCUACUGAGCGUGAGCAGAACAUCCUAAGCAUGUUGCACCAGAUUCUGACCCCGUUCCUGCUGAGGAGGCUGAAGUCAGACGUUACGCUGGAUGUUCCUCCUAAGAAGGAGAUCAUUGUUUUUGCUCCUUUGACAGCCAAACAGGAGACCUUUUACACUGCUGUGGUCAACAAAACCAUCGCCAAGAUGCUGGGCUUGGAGAAGACGGAGGCCCCUGUAGCACUGACGCCUAGUGGCAGGCUGAAGCGUGGCAGUCGAAAGGUGGUCAACUACAAAGAAACGGAUGAAGACAAAGCAUUUGACGAAGAGAAAUAUCUGGAGGCGCUCCACAAGGAGAUGGAGGGGAGGGAGAGCUCCCCUCGGGUGCUGGAUGUCAACAGCCCGCUGGAUGCCCAAAUCAACCUGAAGCUGCAGAACAUUCUCAUGCUGCUAAAGAAAUGCUGUAACCACCCCUACCUGUUGGAGUACCCCCUCGACCCUGCCACACAGGAGUUUAAGAUUGAUGAGCAGCUGGUCCAGAGCUCCGGGAAGUUCCUCAUCCUGGACAGACUGCUGCUCGCACUGAAGAAAAGGGGACAUAAGGUUCUGAUCUUCAGUCAGAUGACAACGAUCCUGGAUCUGUUGAUGGAUUACUGCUAUCUGCGGGGCUUCCAGUACAGCCGACUCGAUGGCAGCAUGUCCUACCCAGACAGAGACGAAAAUAUGACCAAAUUCGCCAAAGACCCCGAGGUGUUUCUGUUCCUGCUGAGCACCAGAGCGGGAGGACUUGGGAUCAACCUGACAACUGCUGAUACUGUUAUCAUCUUCGACAGUGACUGGAACCCCCAGGCAGACCUGCAGGCUCAGGACCGCUGUCACCGAAUCGGGCAAACCAAACCAGUGGUGGUGUACCGCCUGGUCACCGCCAACACCAUCGACCAGAAGAUCCUGGAGAGGGCCUCGGCCAAAAGGAAACUGGAGCAGAUGGUCAUUCAUAAGAAUAAGUUCAAAGGUGGCAAGGCAGAGCUGAACCAAAGUAAAAGCUGCAUUGAUCUGGAGGAGCUGAAGGAGCUGCUCAAAGCCAGAGGAACCGAGAAAGAGGUGAAAGCAUCGAGGGGAAAGGUGAUCAGCGACCACGACCUGGAGCUCUUGUUGGAUCGCAGUGACUUAAUGGACAAAGAAAAAGGAAAAAUGAAGAAAGAGAAGGUGGGAGUCUUCAGGGUGAUUGAGACCAAAGAGGCGUCUGAGAUCACUCUGACCUGAAACUCUUCAGAUCUGAACUUCUGACCACACAGUCCUUGGAUGGCUCUCAACUGCUGUCACUCGUU